AUGCCCUCUGCCACCAGCCAUUGUGCACCGUCGCCGCUAAUAGGUGCCCCUCCCCAUACGACUCCCGACUUGGACCAUGUUCUCAAGCACGAAAGCUCCGUGCUGGCUCUCGCAGUUGGCAAUGACAGCAUCUAUGCCGGUACUCAAGAUGGAGAGAUUGUGGUUUGGUCGCUUGGGAGCUUUCAGCAGACGAAUAGAAUACAAGCACACAAGCGCAGCGUCAUGUGUCUGUUCCUGUCCGAUGACGGGUCUCUUCUCUUUUCCAGCGCAAGCGAUCCGAUUGUCAAUGUCUGGUGUCCACGAACCAUGACGCGUCUCUACGAAAUUUACAGCACAUAUGAUUCAUUUGGCGACAUAUUCUCUGUAGCAUACUCUUCACAGUACGAGACGGUCUACUUUGGAGCACAAAAUACCACCAUUCAGUGGGCUGGCCUGAAAGACUCGGGCUGUAGAGUUAGCCAGGACUCGCAGAGCCACCCAGACCGCAGAAACCACCGCUUCUUUGACUCGAGGGCUGUCGGCGGCACAUCCACGCCUAGACCGACCGACGAACGAUACGAUUUGAUCCCCCGCUCACACACGGUUUUGGAAACUGACCGACGCUGCAUCAAACAAUACGCCCACUACGGAUAUGUCUUUUGCAUGCUCAUGGCCAAGGGUGUCACUGCAUCCGUUGAACCCGAGGAUGACGUUUUGGUUUCGGGCGGAGGAGAUGGGACCAUCAAGAUUUGGAAGCUCGGUGGCAAGGAAGUGGGUCCAGACGGCAUAGAAAACGGACUCGAGGAAAUCAUGACGCUGGGCGAGGACAAUGCCGAAUCUGUCAUGUCUUUGGCCAUUGACGGUUCGUUUCUCUACAGCGGCAAGAUCAAGGGCAUCAUUGAGCUGUGGGAUCUCGACACUAGACAAAAGCUUCGGGUGAUCAAAGCUCACCGUGGGGAUGUCAUGGCUCUGCAAAUGGGUAGAGGCUAUCUCUGGAGCGCUGGCUCUACAGGAACUGCGAGUAAACACAGCACGGUGCAUUAUGGAGAGUAUCAGCCCAAUGCUGCCCAAAACGUCAGCCAGAAAUACCAACUACUCACCCAGUUCAAGGCCCACGAAGGCAAGAUUCUCGCAUCAGCCGUCACCAAUCAUGACGGCCGCCAGCUAUUCAUCACGGGCGCAAACGACAACAAUGUAGCCGUCUGGGUGGUCGAAAGCCCACCCGCAAGUGAGCAGUCUCCUCCAGAGGGCGACGAAGAUAUGAUGAUAUCGAGCCUGCGAGAGUUUGUGUCCUUCAAGACUAUAUCUUCUCGGCCCGAGUUCGCCGAGGACUGCCGGCGGGGUGCUACUUUUCUUCGUACCCUCUUUCGAAAGCUGGGAGCCGAUGUCCACAUGCUGAGCACGGACAAUAACAAUCAUCAUCCAGUCGUGUUUGCAAAAUUUGCAGGAAAGCUCACUCCAGCCGAGAAGCGCAAGAGGAUUCUCUUUUACGGCCAUUACGAUGUUGUACCUGCCGACGCAAAGAACAGCAAGUGGAACACGGAUCCAUUCCAGCUCAAGGGUACCAAUGGAUAUCUCUACGGCAGAGGCGUGAGCGACAAUAAAGGACCAAUCAUGGCAGCUCUCUACGCCGUCACAGAUCUCAUGCAAGCAAAGGCCUUGGACUCGGACAUUAUCUUUCUGAUCGAGGGCGAGGAAGAGUCUGGCUCGCGUGGUUUUAGAGAAACCAUUCGCCAAAACAAGGACCGGAUCGGCAACAUUGAUUAUAUUCUUUUAGCCAACAGCUACUGGCUGAAUGACGAGACUCCCUGCUUGACGUAUGGACUGCGAGGCGUCCUUCACGCCACUGUCUGCAUCGAGUCCAAACAUCCAGACCUUCACUCGGGAGUGGAUGGCAGCUACCUGAUGAACGAGCCGCUGACCGACCUGACCACCCUCAUGGCGAGACUCAAGGGACCAAGGAACCGCGUGCUCAUUCCAGGAUUCUACGAUGGGGUUCUGCCCUUGAAACCCGAGGAAGAGGCCCGCUACGACGACAUAGUCUCGGUCCUGGUGAAUCAAGAACCAGUCAACAUGACCGCAACUGACCUCAAAAAGUCUUUGAUGGCCCGUUGGCGAGAGCCCAACCUGACCAUUCAUCGGUUCAAAGUGUCGGGGCCGGACGGAAGCUUGGUUAGUAGUCAUGCAAGCUCGCACAUUAGUUUCCGACUGGUUCCUGGCCAAGAGGUUGACCAGGUCAUUGAGUCGCUCACGGCCUACUUGACCAAGGAAUUUGAGCACCUCGAAAGUGAAAACGUCCUGCGUAUUGACGUGGACAACAAAGCCGAGCCAUGGCUUGGCGAUCCCGACAAUUACAUUUUCCGCACGCUCGAGGAGGCCAUCAUGACGGCCUGGGCACCUCUGUUUGCGAGCACGGAUGACAUGCCGCAGGAUGGUGGCCCUGGAGACGGCGGCGCCACAGGCCGGCGACCGAGUCUGGAGCAACUCGACACUAGAGAGUCACAUCGUUUAACAUUUGGAGACUCAUCCUCCAAAAGCAUCCAGCUUACAGGCAACUCGGCAACACCUCUGACCAAGCCCCGAAAGCCUCUAUACAUCCGAGAGGGUGGAUCAAUUCCAGCUAUUCGUUUUCUGGAAAAGGAGUUUGAUGCCCCGGCAGCCCAUCUGCCCUGCGGCCAGGCCAGCGAUUCCGCGCAUCUGGAUAAUGAGCGCCUUAGGGUGACCAACUUGAUCAAGAGCCGGGAGAUUAUAGGGCAUGUUUUUAGAAAGUUGUAA